AUGUUCGUCUUUCCUCUUAUUCCGGGUUCCCAUCCGUCCUCCCCGUUCCCGCAGGUGCCAUGGCUGCACGCGGAUUUACUGCAGCGCGUCCCCGCAUUUCCGACCGCACCCGCGCCAUCGGCUGCCGCUGCCGCUGCAGCCGGCCCCGGUUCUUCCACCAUGCGCCCCUCCGCAUCCCCAGUGGCCAUCGCCUCUGCACGCACCGCCGCUCUCCGCUCCUCUCUCCAACACCUUGCUUCAUUUCUUGACUCCAUGGAUCGCCUGCGAGUGCCACUGGAGUCAGAGCGGUCGGACGUGGUGCGUGCACACGCCCUCGCAGCCUCUACAGCAGGCAGUGGUGGGAAUGGGAAUGGCAAUGGCAAUGGCAAUGGUUCAGAGGUGAAGGAUCUGGACGCUACCGCCAAGAGGGCACUCAAGGUGCAGCGAUUCAAGCGCGAGCGCGAGCUGAAGGGGCGGCUGGAGGCCAUUCGGCGGCGCAAGGCGGAGCGGCAGCAACGCGUGCGCAAGGCACGCCCGGGGGCGGGCGCACAGGCAGACGCAGGGGAGGACGCGAGUGCGGACGGUGCUGCUGUGGGGAGUGGCCUGGAGGAUGACGAUGAUGAUGACGAGGUUGAUGAGAGGGAGGUGAGCCUGCAGGCAGGGGGGAGUGUGCUCCCUUCCUGCUAUCUCCGUUCGCUCCCCAACCCCUACCUCUCCUCUCCUGCUUCACCCACCCAGUCGGACCGCUCUGGAACAACCGCCAACCCCUUUGCACCAGAGGCACUGGACGACCGCCUGCGCAAGAGAGAGGGCUCCCACCGCGCUGCUGCUGCUGCAGCCGCCGCCGCUGCUGCAGGCGGCAGGCAGCUAGUCCCCCCGCAAGCCAUUGCCUGCGCCACUCUCGCGCAAGACGUGAUCGAAGGCCGUGUGCCCCGUGAGGAGAUAGCCAACCACCGCCACACCGCACCCAUGGUUUUCGGCCCUAUGAGCCUCAUGAGCGCGGCUGCUAAACGGGGGCCGGGGAGUGGGAGUGUGCUGGGGGGGAUUACGGGGAGUAUGUCUGGUAGUGGCUCUGCUGCUGCUCGGGACCCUCUGGCUUCGCUGCGGGUGUUUCAGCCGAGCCAUAGCGUUGCGAGGAUGAGUAUUGAGGAGGCGGGGGAGAGGGAGAUGGCGAUGAUGGCUGCUUGGAAGGAGCGGACACGGAAGGAGAUGGAGGAGCAGGGUAUGAUUGUGAGGGAGGAUGAUGGGAAGGGGCAGGGGAAGGGAGAAGAUGGGGAGGAUGAGGUGGAUGAGGAGGAGGAGGAGAGGCGGAUGGGUGGGAGGUAUUUGGAUGAUGAGGAGGAUGUGGAUAAGGCAAGGAAGUGGGAUGAUUACACUGAUGACCAUCGGCGCGGCUCCGGCGGGCCCGGGGGAGCGGGCAUGAUGAUGGGCAUGGGGGGCGGCAUGGGGGGCGCCAUGGGGGGCGCCAUGGGGUACCCCGGCGGCGGCGGAAUGCCGCGCGGGGGUCCGGGCGGUGGCGGGAUGCACAUGGGCGGAGGACCGCGCGCGCUGCCGGUGGUGAAGCUGCGCGGGCUGCCGUUCAGCUGCGAGGAGGGCGACGUGGCGGAGUUCUUCGCGGGGCUCGACGUCGUCGACGUGCUCUUCCUGCGCCGCGACUCUAAAUUCUCCGGCGAGGCGCUCGUCGUCUUCGGCAACGCCAUCCAGGCUGAGCUCUCGCUGCAGGUCCGCGGGGGAACGCGGGUGACGGGUCUGGUCGUCUUCGGGAACGAUCUCGCUGCAAGGGAGAUUCUCAAUCCGCGCAUCCCUCUCAUCCCCCGCUUCCCGCGCAUCCCGCGCAUCCCGCUUCCCCCGCACAUCCCGCGCAUCCGUCCGUUGCAGCGCAACCGCAUGAGCAUGGGGCGGCGGUACGUGGAGAUCUUCCGGUGCAAGCGCGCCGAUUACUACAACGCCGUCGCCAACGAGGUCGCUCAGGACGGCGGACAGUACAAGGGGCCAGGUGCGCGCAGGGCAAGGGGGCAGGUGCGCGCAGCAGAAGGGGGCAGGUGCGCGCAGGGCAGCACAGCCGCCAUACUUGAGAAUCCUCCUGUUUUCUCAUCCACACCCACUUCUCCCUCGCAUCACACACCCUCCCUUCCCUCCCCUCCCCACCUAAUCCACUCUAUGCCCUUCUUUCCCCCACUCUCCCGUCCCGCGCUCGUCCCUCCCCCUCCUCCUGCAGAAACCCAAGGGCAUCAAGGGGCGGGGCGCAUGGGGGGGGGAAGGCCGUACCGCGGGUAUGGGGAGGGGGGGGGCGGGGGCAUGGACGGGCAUCCGGCAGUGGAGCACACAGGCGUGCUCAAGCUGCGCGGCAUUCCCUACUCCGCCACUAAACAGGACAUAGUGGCAUUCUUCGACGGCUUCCCUCUGUCCGAGUCCAGUGUGCAUAUAGUAGUGGGGGCGGAUGGCCGCAGCACAGGCGAGGCCUUUGCGGAGUUUGCGUCGCCGGGCGAUGCAGCAGCGGCCAUGGGGCGCGACCGCUCGCGCAUGGGCACGCGCUACGUGGAGCUCUUUGCGUCGUCAAGGGAGGAGGCUGCACGGGGCGUGGCCAAGGCAAAGUGA